UGGAAAAAAGAGACUCGGCGAGCCCUCGCCGUGGUGCUCCGCCGCCGCCGCCGCCGCCGCUGGAGUUGACUCUUCUCGCACUGCCGCUGCAGCACAAACGUGACUUCCAACAUUUUUUAUUUAUCUUUCCCUUUUCUUUUCCAAGAUGUAACUACAGAUCAGACACUAAGGACCUUCACGUUUCGCUGAUGUAGUUUUUGGAGGAAAAAAGGGGGGGAGUGAAGGGCGUCGGUUUUUUUUUUUUCUUCUUUUUUUGUGUUGUAUGUGUUUCGGGGGAAAUUUUCCAUUAUGAGUGUUUUACUAAAGUGAUUUUUUUUGUUUGCUUCGUUCGUCUUUGGCUCUUGUUUUUGUUUUUUUUUCCUUCCCAAUUUCGGAUUUAUUUCAAGGCGAAUCUGGCUUUGGGGAAAGAGGAAGAAAAGUCGGAUUACAAGAUCAACCACCACCACCAACAAUAAAAACCACCAGGAUAUUUUUUUUUUGCAAAUUUCUGACGGCUUUAAAUUCAUGAAGCAAUUGUCCCCUUUUGCAAUCAGCAUUUGGAUCUCAGAAUGAGCAAGGAAAGACCCAAGAGGAAUAUCAUUCAGAAGAAAUACGAUGACAGUGAUGGGAUUCCAUGGUCAGAAGAAAGGGUGGUACGUAAAGUCCUUUAUUUGUCUCUGAAGGAAUUCAAGAAUGCCCAGAAGCGGCAGCAUGGGGACAGCAUUGCUGGGAGCCUGAAAACUGUGAAUGGGCUCCUUGGUAAUGACCAGUCUAAGGGAUUAGGACCAGCAUCAGAACAGUCAGAGAAUGAGAAGGACGAUGCAUCCCAGGUGUCCUCAACUAGCAACGAUGUUAGCUCUUCAGAUUUUGAAGAAGGGCCGUCGAGGAAAAGGCCCAGGCUGCAAGCACAAAGGAAGUUUGCUCAAUCUCAGCCGAAUAGUCCGAGCACAACUCCAGUGAAGAUAGUGGAGCCUUUGCUACCCCCGCCAGCUACUCAAAUUUCUGACCUCUCUAAAAGGAAGCCUAAGACGGAAGACUUUCUUACCUUUCUCUGCCUUCGAGGUUCUCCUGCGCUGCCCAACAAUAUGGUAUAUUUUGGAAGCUCUCAGGAUGAGGAAGAUGUGGAGGAAGAAGAAGAUGAGACAGAAGAUGUCAAAACAGCCACCAACAACACUUCAUCUUCAUGCCAGUCAACCCCCAGGAAAGGAAAAGCCCACAAGCACGUUCAUAAUGGGCAUGUUUUCAAUGGCUCCAGCAGGUCAACACGGGAGAAAGAACCUGUUCAGAAACACAAAAGCAAAGAGGUCACUCCCGCGAAGGAGAAGCACAGCGAUCACAGGGCUGAUAGCCGGAGGGAGCAGGCCUCAGCUGCGCAGCCUGUGGCAGCCCCCUCCUUGAGCUCCUCAACCAAGGGACUUGCUAGCAGCCACCACCAUCCUCCUGUGCAUCGGUCGGCUCAGGACUUACGGAAGCAGGUGUCUAAGGUAAAUGGAGUCACACGAAUGUCAUCUCUGGGUGCAGGUGCAGCCAGUGCCAAAAAGAUUCGCGAAGUUAGACCUUCACCAUCCAAAACUGUGAAGUACACUGCCACGGUGACCAAGGGGACUGUAACAUACACCAAAGCCAAGAGAGAACUGGUCAAGGAAACCAAACCUAAUCACCACAAGCCCAGUUCAGCUGUCAACCACACAAUCUCAGGGAAAACUGAAAGUAGCAAUGCAAAAACCCGCAAACAGGUGCUAUCCCUCGGGGGGGCGUCCAAGUCCACCGGGCCUGCCAGCAGCAGCCUCAAGGUGAGCGGCAGGUUGAACCCAAAGUCAUGCACUAAGGAGGUGGGGGGGCGGCAGCUGAGGGAGGGGCUACGGAAUUCCAAGAGGAGGCUGGAAGAGGUGCACCAGGCCGAGAAGCCACAGUCGCCCCCCAAGAAGAUGAAGGGGGCGGCUGGCCCUAUCGAGGCCCCCAGCAAGAAGGCAGCAGCAGCUGUGGUGGCCUCAGCAGAGAAGCCUCUGCUGAAUGGACCUGUGAAGAAGGAAGUGCCCGAGCGGAGUCUGGAAAGGAACCGGCCGAAACGGGCCACGGCUGGUAAGAGCACGCCAGGCAAACAAGCACACAGCAAGCCGGACAGCGCCUCCUGUGAAAAUCGAUCUACCUCGCAACCGGAGCCCUUGCACAAUAAGCCGCAUGACCUACCACCAGGCAAGCCGGAGAAGGGGGGCGGCAAGUCUGGGUGGGCGGCGAUGGACGAGAUCCCUGUCCUCAGGCCCUCUGCCAAGGAGUUCCAUGAUCCGCUCAUCUACAUCGAGUCGGUCCGUGCUCAGGUGGAGAAGUACGGGAUGUGCAGGGUGAUCCCCCCUCCGGACUGGCGGCCCGAGUGCAAGCUCAAUGAUGAGAUGCGGUUCGUCACACAGAUUCAGCACAUCCACAAGCUGGGCCGGCGCUGGGGCCCCAACGUGCAGCGGUUGGCCUGCAUCAAGAAGCACCUCAGAUCUCAGGGCAUCACCAUGGACGAGCUCCCACUCAUUGGAGGCUGUGAGCUUGACCUGGCCUGCUUUUUCCGGCUGAUUAAUGAGAUGGGCGGCAUGCAGCAAGUGACUGACCUCAAAAAAUGGAACAAACUAGCAGACAUGUUGCGCAUCCCUAAAACUGCCCAGGACCGGCUGGCCAAGCUGCAGGAGGCCUACUGCCAGUACCUGCUCUCCUAUGACUCCUUGUCCCCCGAGGAGCACCGGCGGCUGGAAAAGGAGGUGUUGAUGGAGAAGGAGAUCCUGGAGAAGCGCAAGGGGCCAUUGGAGGGCCACACCGAGAGCGACCACCACAAGUUCCACCCCCUGCCCCGCUUUGAGCCCAAGAAUGGGCUCAUCCAUGGCGUGGCACCCCGCAACGGCUUCCGGAGCAAGCUCAAGGAGGUGGGCCAGGCUCCACUCAAAACGGGCCGCCGGCGACUCUUCGCUCAGGAAAAGGAGGUGGUCAAGGAGGAGGAGGAGGAGGACAAAGGUGUCCUCAAUGACUUCCACAAGUGCAUCUACAAGGGAAGGUCUGUUUCCCUAACAACUUUUUAUCGAACAGCAAGAAAUAUCAUGAAUAUGUGCUUCAGCAAGGAGCCUGCACCAGCCGAAAUUGAGCAAGAGUACUGGAGGUUAGUGGAGGAGAAGGACUGCCACGUGGCCGUGCACUGCGGCAAGGUGGACACCAACACUCAUGGGAGCGGAUUCCCAGUGGGAAAAUCAGAGCCCUUUUCAAGGCACGGAUGGAACCUCACUGUCCUCCCCAAUAACACAGGAUCCAUUCUGCGUCACCUCGGUGCUGUGCCUGGAGUGACUAUUCCCUGGCUAAAUAUUGGCAUGGUCUUUUCUACCUCAUGCUGGUCUCGAGACCAAAACCACCUUCCAUAUAUCGACUACUUACACACUGGUGCUGACUGCAUUUGGUAUUGCAUUCCUGCUGAGGAGGAGAACAAGCUGGAGGACGUGGUCCACACCCUGCUGCAGGCCAACGGCACCCCAGGGCUGCAGAUGCUAGAGAGCAAUGUCAUGAUCUCCCCGGAGGUGCUGUGCAGAGAGGGGAUCAAGGUGCACCGAACUGUGCAGCAGAGUGGACAGUUUGUUGUCUGCUUCCCGGGGUCCUUCGUAUCCAAAGUGUGCUGUGGCUACAGCGUCUCCGAAACUGUGCACUUUGCUACCACCCAGUGGACAAGUAUGGGCUUCGAGACGGCCAAGGAAAUGAAGCGCCGCCAUAUAGCCAAGCCAUUCUCCAUGGAGAAGCUGCUCUACCAGAUUGCACAGGCGGAGGCAAAGAAGGAGAACGGCCCCACCCUCAGCACCAUCUCAGCCCUUCUGGACGAGCUCAGGGAUACCGAGCUGCGGCAGCGCAGGCAGCUGUUCGAGGCUGGCCUCCACUCAUCUGCGCGAUACGGCAGCCACGAUGGCAGCAGUGUGGCCGCAGAUGGGAAGAAAAAGCCUCGAAAGUGGCUGCAGCUGGAGACGUCGGAGAGGCGGUGUCAGAUCUGCCAGCACCUGUGCUACCUGUCCAUGGUGGUACAGGAGAACGAGAAUGUCGUGUUCUGCCUGGAGUGUGCCCUGCGCCACGUGGAGAAGCAGAAAUCCUGCCGUGGGCUGAAGCUGAUGUACCGCUAUGAUGAGGAGCAGAUCAUCAGCCUCGUCAAUCAGAUCUGUGGCAAAGUGUCUGGCAAGAACGGCAGCAUUGAGAACUGUCUCAGUAAACCCACACCAAAACGAGGCCCCCGCAAGAGAGCCACCGUGGACGUGCCGCCGUCCCGGCUGCCGGCCUCUGGACCCUCCAGAAGUGCUGCGAGCUCAUCAUGAAGACGCCAACCCCAUGGUCGAUUUAUAUAUAUUUUUUUGUAAUUAUUAUAUUCUAGUUUGGAGUACUUGCUGUAGGAUACAGGCUGUCUUUGCACUAGCUCUAAAGAAGAUUUUCUUCUGGUUUUAGAGAACUAAUUUUGUUUUAGCAUUAAACUGUUGGAACUUUUUUUUGUACUUAGAAUACCUAGACACUGCAGUCAAAUUUUUGAAACUGCCGUAUAUUCACUGUUUUAAAAACCCUUGGGGGGCUGUAUUAAUUUGUA